AUGCGGGAUGUGAAUCUGGAGCCCAACGUCACCUUCAUCUACAGCGCCGGGAUCAGCGCGUGCGGGAACGGUGAGCAGUGGCAGCGAGCUCUGUCGCUGCUCAGCACAUUGCGGGAGGCUGCAGCGGUGCCCGACCUCGUCAGCAUCAAUGCUGCGAUCAGCGCGUGCGAGAAAGGCAGGCAGUGGCAGAAGUCUUUGUCUCUGCUCCGCGACGCGCUUGAGUCGAUGCUUGAGCCCAACGUUGUCAGCUACAGCGCCGGGAUCAGCGCGUGCCGGCAUGGCGACCAGUGGCAGCGAGCUCUGACACUGGUCCGCGGAAUGCGGAUGGCGAGGCUGGAGCCGAGCGUAAUCACUAUAACGCUGGGAUCAGCGCGUGCGAGGCAAGUGGGCAAUGGCAGCAAGUUUUGUUGCUUCAUGACGAGAUGUUGGCUGGGACCCUAG